AUUAAUCACACACGUGGAGGCUAGAUCGUUGGACUGUAUAUAACUGUUCCCCUCUCGGACCUGUGUCAUUCCCACCUUCUACCAGCCCGCUGCCUUCAACUAGCCUGCUGCUCUCUACCGUCACCUCACCUUCACUAAACUUCAACAUGAGGUUCAAAUUCGUGCUGCUGGGUCUUUUGGCCUUCGUAUGUGCCACUUCAGGCUACGUUCUGAAGGACCAGGACGACGCACUUGGCGACACCGACGACCGUCCAGAACGGGUCGUCUUCGAAGACGACGAUGGGGACAGGGCCGAACAGAGCGAAUUUGCUGACAUUGAAUUACGGAGAAACAACCUCGAAAAGCACGGACACGGUCUCGGACACGGACACGGACACGAAUAUGGUAGCCACAGCAAAGAAAAGUGUCAUCAUAUCCAAACAAGGACGACGGGGACGACUUCAACCACCACUCCAACCACUACUACCACAGUUACCACCACCACCACCGGACCACCACCGGCGCUGGGAUAGUGGGGUAGUGCCACAGAGACAUUAAAACAAUUUUUUCAAUGUCAUAGUAACUAACAAAUUGAAUGCCCUAGGCAGUGAUGUUGUAGAGACUGACUCCAUACACAGUUUCAAAUGUUGAUAUGAUAUAGCCCAAAAGGCUCAGGAGUCUGUACACCAGUUGAGUGAUUGUUGAGAGCCGGAAACUAAGAACUAGAGCUCAACCCCCGCAAGCACAACUAGGUGAAUACAACUACCACCACUAUUACUCCAUCUACCACCACCACUACCCCAACUACCAACAUCACUACCCCAACUACCACCACCACUAUCCCAACUACCACCGUAUAGAUCAUUGAUUGAGAAAUGACACGUGUUUGAAUUUUCGUAAUACGACCAUCGUAGCACAGACAACACCUGCUUGCUUUUAUUAAAGAUAUUAUAUAUGUUAUCUUUACAUCUUUCGUAACAGAAAUAACAGCAAGAUAGAUGCAAAAGGGUUGAUGACAGAUUCAUAACAAAAAACAUGAAACCAAAAGAAACUUAAAAAGGUACAAGAAAAAUGUACAAAAUAAAGAAUAUGAACAGUGACGACAAAAACACAGCCAGGAUCGGCAGCAAGAACAUGAAUGGCAGCUUAGGUAAACACCUAAGAGAAGAACAACAACAAUGGGUAACAUAAAAACGAAAGAAUCUAUUAAAAUUGCAAAAACACACGCGAAUAAAAUGAACUACAACACCAUCAAGAGUUAAAUAAGGACAAAAAAUGAGUAAUAAUAAAAGCAAAUUAAAAUGUAUAAAACAAGAACGAAACAAACAAAAUAUCAAGACAAAACGACAAAGCAAGCAACACCCUCAACAUCAACAAAGCAACAACAUCAAUAAUAGUUACAGUGAUUAUGUUUUAAGAGAAAUUAACCUAAUUACUUUUGCAAUAAUGUCAAGUGAAGAAUACUUGCAGGUAAAUUCAGUUCUAUUCACUUACUAAUAUUAUUAAUAAUAUUAUAUUUAGAAAAAAAUACACAUUAGCAGAUUACAGUAGUUACCUAGUGGGUAGAAUAUUUGUAUAUUUUAUCACACCACAAAUUACAUGCAAUGUUUCGGUCAUUAAUACAUCUUGAAGUUGUGUGUCUGUGUUAAUAUAAAUAGAAGCUGCCUCGUACGGGCCAAUAGGUCUUCUGCAGAGACCGUCAUUCUUAUGUUCUAUGUUCUUCUUCUUAUAUGUAACAGUUUUGAGGCGAGAAUCACGUUCAAAUAACAUGUUACAAAAGAUUGUUGAGAUGACGAGAGGCUUCUUAUUAUUUUAAAGUGACACGAAAAAUUUUUGUAAAGUGACAUGAAGAUAUUGUCCACAUGACUAAAAGCACAUUAUUGUUGAUGGUGAAGGGAAUUAUUAUUGUUUAAAUAACAUGAUGAUUAAUAUUGUUCAGAUGAUUUCAGGCAUUUUACUGCUGUAUUUGUUUAACAAUUUUGAAUAAUAAAGAUUAAUAUACUGUA